UCUGUCAACUUAAAAAUAUAUUGUGCGCGUGAUCAUCCUUGUCUACAAUAAAAGAAACCGAUGUGCAAGAGAUGAAAAGUCAAGAAAUAAAAAUGGCUGAUGAGUGGGAAAAUCAGAAGUAAAAAAGUGAAAUGCAAGGAAACGCUAGUUGAGAGGAUGUGAGUAGUAUCCAAAAUAGUUCACCUACUAGGAAACGCAUAACGAGGAGGGAAAAAGAGAAAGAGCGGCGGUAGCGACAUACGCAAUAAAUGCAGAUACAAAGAAAAGAAGAUUACCAUUAAGCGUUGAAACGAGCGUAAGCAUUAUCUACCGCCCACCGCAUAAUUUAUAAUACUAAUUGUUGGCGUCGUCCCAUCCAAAAACCAAUUGUCAAAUUCCUCAAGGAGUCCACUCGCUAUAAACUUAGAGGUGAUAUCCCUAAGGGGAUAAACGUGUGUGAUAUGCGCUAUCCAUUACUUCGAAGCUUUCCAGCUAGAAGGUGGAGGGGCUUUCCUCCCUGGGCUCCGGCUUGUACUCGUAGAUGCGACACCGCUCCGCGCCCGAGGCCGCGCAGACCCGCCAUGUCCACUCGCAGAACUACUUGGUGUAUCCGCACUGGGUGGCAUCAAGCUCGAACGAGACGACGAAGAGAACGAAGGGACCUGUGCUGAAGAAAACGCCUUCGAAGAACGUCUGUCGGCAGGAGGACCAAAUGAUUCACCAUACACACUUCGAGAGCCCCACCCUGCCCCACCUCCGCCACCGCCCCCAUACUCACUUCUCGAACCACUGAUUCCACCGCCACCAUAUACCGAACGGGGAGGACUAGGGAACAUGGUGGAACCAGUUGACCACUGAUUUGGCACCAUGCCUCCAAUGCCAGGCAUUCCAUACAUGCCCAUGCUAUUACCACCGUAUACAGAUCCACCGCCAUAAACAGACCCGCCACCAUAGACAGAUCCACCAGCUCCACCGCCAUAGAUAGAUCCACCACCCCCGCCACCAUAAACAGACCCACUUCC